AGCGCCUCGUACUGUUCACCGCGAUUCGCUUUUCAAGCAGGCUCCCAGUCAUCGACAAUGUCUCUGUGCGAGUGGUACGCGAAACGUGUGGUGCUCCUCACGGGAGUCACCAGCGAAUUGGGACGCGUUCUGUUGGAGAAAAUCUUACGGUGCUUACCGGAUGUCAGGGUGUACGUCGUUCUCAGAUCCCAAAAUGGUCUCAACGGCGAGGAACGGCUAAAGAAGAUAUUCGCGUCACCCGGGUAUGAGCGACUGAGGCAGGAGAUGCCGGGCGCGAUCUCGCGCGUGAAAACGUUCGAGGGGAAUCUGCUUUACGAGGAUCUCGCUCUAAGCAUUGAGGACAAAGCCUCGUUGAGAGAGGUCACCGUGGCCUUUCAUGCCGCCGGGCCACACGAUUCCUUCCUGGAAUAUUGUCAGGAAUUACCGAAGCUCAGGAGCAUCGCCGUCGCGUCCAGCAUUUUCAGACAUCGCGGCAGGAUAGCCGAAUGCCUGCAGAAUGAAAAAAUUCCCAACUUACCAAUCGCCUUAGUGCGCUUUCCUUGCAUCGGACCGGCUUACAAGGAACCUAUGCCUGGCUUUGUCGAGUCUCUCAAAGGACCCACCGCUCUCAUGAUUGGUGCGGGUUUUGCGUACGGUAAUUCGGAAUUACCAGCCGAAAUCAUCCCAGUAGAUAUAGCAGUAAAUACGAUGAUCGCGGCCGCAUGGGAAGUCGGCAUAACCAACGCUACAAAACCGGUCGUCUAUAAUGCGUCGCAGCUGGGCUGCACGUGGGAUGAUCUGAUUAAAAAGAGUCGACGAGCCAGCUCGAAGUUUCCCUAUCCAACCUUUGGAAUUCGCGGAAUGACGUCCAUUGAGCCGCUGUACUGGAUUUUGGUGAUAUUCCUCGAAUGGUUGCCAUCUUUAAUUUGCGACAUCGUCUUCGGUCUAUGCGGCAGAAAACAGAGGAUUCUCGCGGAGUACGACAGAGUUCGUAAUGCACUUCAACCUUUGAAGUCAAUUUCAUCGAGGUCCUGGCCAGUGGAAAGGAAUCGCGUGUACCUACUGAAGGAACGUCUCACGAACGAAGAACGGGACGUAUUUCCGAUCGUCGAAGAGAUCGACAUCGAGAGUUAUGUCCUCUGCGUUGCCGCCGCCACCCGGAAGUAUUGCUGUGUGAACGAGGAUACUCUUAAUAUCAUAAAAAUGACUUGUCUGUUCUUCUUAUAUGUACCCGUGAUACUUAUCGUCACGUAUAUUGCAUCACGUACAUCCUUAUUACACGCAUAAAGUUAGAUAAAUAUUAUUAUGUCUUUUUGUAUAUAAAAGGGCUUUCUUUUUGCAAAA